AUGGACUUCUCUAACAUCUUCCGGAUUGUCAACAUCGCCAUUGGCGUGAUUAUGAUCCUUGGUGGUAUUGCUCAAUUCUUCCCUGCAUCGCUAGGUUCCGUAAUUGUUGGUGCCUACGUGAUCAUCUUCGGUCUCGUCGUCGGCGGCCUGGAAUUGAUGCCCACUGUUCCAGAUUAUGUCUAUCGCUAUGCGUCUUUCCUCUUCUCGUUCCUGGGACGGGGUGUCUUCUACGUCUUCGUUGGAUCGAUCCUGCUGCACGGCCACGUGCUGCGGUACAUUGCCGGUUCUAUCGUUGGGUUCGUCGGUCUGGGAUAUAUUGUCCUGGACUUCAUUCCUUCCAUCGAACCUCCAUCCAACAUGCGUGAGGCCGACCAGGGCUGGGGUGCGGAACAGGUCUAA